AUGAAGAACGUUCGAUAUGAGGUGAGUAAGAAAGACAAAGAAAAAGCCAUUCAAAACUUGCUGACACAAGCCCCUCCAGGAGAAUUUAUAAACAGUUUUGAUGACCUUUCUCUGCUGGUUGAAGACGAAAAAUUAAUGCGACGACAUGGUGAAUGGGCUGGUAACAAAUACUGCAAAAAGUAUUUUGUACCACUCAACAUAGAUGGACAUCAAGUACUACUUGCUCACCACAAUGAACUGGGUGACCAGCGCUUUUUUGACUCUCAUACUAGGCUUUCUUUCAAAUUUGAUGUUCUUGAGAAUCAAUUGAAAGACAUUGAGAGUCACGGUGUCCUACGUAACGAGGCAGAAUGUCUGAGGAUGGUGGUAUCUUAUGCUUUAAAAAUCUAUGUGAGCAAACACUUCCCAUCAGGAAAUUGCAAUGUACUUAGGAAAACCAUAAGAGGUAAAGAGUUCUUAAUAGCCUGCAUAGAAGAUCAUCAUUACAAAGCUUCAGAUUACUGGAAUGGCCUUUGGAAAUCAAAAUGGAUUUUUUCAAUAACUCCAUUUCUCACACAAGUAAUAGGGUCAAUAUAUGUGAAAGCACACUUCUUUAAACAAGUCAACUUUCAUCUUGAUAUUAAUAAGGAUGUGCAGGACUGCUUAGAUGUUGUUAACCAAGCUCAACUGGCUGUAAGUUUUGCCAAGUUUGUAGAAGAGCAAGAAAACAAAUUCCAAACUGCAGUAUUGCAAGAACUCCAGGACCUUGAAGUUUCAUUGAAAAGAAUUUUAAGAAGAGAUCUUCCAGUGACCCGUACUCAUAUUGACUGGCAGAGAAUAGUAAAUGAUAUGAAGUUGGUGAUGUAUCCUAGGCUAGGAUAUGUCAAUUAUUCAAAAAAUGCAUUAUGCCACUGGAUCACAUAA